GUCCCCUUCCUCACUUCGCGUUUUGCUAUCCACUAAACCACAACUUCCCUUCCUUUCUUCCUCUUUUUCUCGGAACAAAAAUGGUGGCUUUAGUUUCCCAGGAAAAUGUCGUCGCAUUGGUUUCUCGUACCGGUCGGGAGUUACAGCGUUACAGAAAAGGUCGUCGCCAAGUUGUGGGAUGCAUACCGUAUAGAUAUAAGAUUGAGGAGAAAACUUGGUUGGGCGAUUUAGAUGAAUUGGAAGUUCUGGUUAUUAGUUCUCAGAAAGGCAAAGGAAUGCUAUUCCCAAAGGGAGGAUGGGAACUUGAUGAAUCCAAAAAGGAGGCAGCUUUGCGAGAGACCAUAGAGGAAGCUGGGGUGCGAGGCAUUGUUGGGGGUAAAUUGGGGAAAUGGAGCUUCAAGAGCAAAACCCAUGAUACCUUCUAUGAAGGGUACAUGUUCCCACUUCUUGUUGAAGAGCAACUUGAGUUCUGGCCAGAGCAGAACGUUCGUCAAAGAACAUGGAUGAGCGUAUCUGAAGCCAGAGAAGUUUGUCAACACUGGUGGAUGAAGGAAGCACUAGAUAGACUUGUAAACCGUCUCACGGGUCAAAAACUACUUGGUCGUGAAACAAAGCAAGUUCUAAGUUGCAUAGCACCAGAUAUGUCCAAUUGCCAAAUCUGACUCGCUUGUAAAUAUUUUAUAUUUUCGAGGCUAGAAGAGAGCUCUCAACAUUUUUUCACUUUAGGAUCCCAUGAUUUCACCUUAAAUCAUAUCAAUAUCAUAGUAUAUAUAAUAAUAUUAUUCAUAGCCAAUAGGGUUUCUAGCUUCAUCCACCUUGCAUAGGAGUUUGGCGAUUGAUUUCCUCUCAAUUGUUUUUUUCUCCUUAAACUAAGUGGAUUCAGAUUUAAUCAA